AUGGCUUCCGAUCUUGAAGCGAAAGCAAAAGAGGCCUUCGUUGAAGACCACUUCGAACUCGCCGCGGACCUUCUCUCUCAGGCCAUUCAACUCGAACCCAACAAAGCUGAACUCUACGCCGACCGCGCCCAAGCCAACAUCAAAUUGAACCACUUCACUGAGGCUGUUGCCGAUGCUAACAAAGCAAUUGAAUUGAAUCCUUCUCUGCCAAAAGCAUAUUUGCGGAAAGGUACUGCAUGCAUGAAGCUUGAGGAAUAUCAGACUGCCAAGGCUGCUCUGGAGAUGGGUGCUUCAUUGUCUCCAGACAACUCAAGAUUUGCUAUUUUAAUCAAAGAGUGUGACGAGCUUAUUGCAGAAGAAUCUUAUACCACCAUACCUAUACAGGAAAAGGCCACAGCACAAGAGGUUAAUCCAAAAGAUUUUCAGCAACAGGAUGAUCUUCCAGAGAAGCCAACAGUUGCAGUCACUAAACCUAAAUAUAGCUUAGUGUUAGUAUUAAUGUCCCAGGAGAAGAUGCGUAUGUUUUUCAAACUCGCUUAUUUGGAAAGGUAUGAGCAAGAGCGUUUUGUCAGCAUAAAAGCUUGGAUUACUAUUGCACCCUCCAAUUGCCGGUAUGAAGUUUUGGCCACCAAAAUUGAAAUUCGCCUUGAGAAAGCAGAACCUAUUCAUUGGACAUCUCUUGAAUUCACCAGAAACGUCGUAGUUCCACAGAGGGUUAAUGCCUCUUCAGUGCUUUCAAGUGCAAAGGAGUAUUGGGUUUGUCCUGGAUCUGAUGGGCAUAUGCAAGGAAUUGUGCUUGCAGUUGUUACUGCAAGUCAAAGACCUUCUUACCCUUCCUCAAAACAAACAAGAGAUUGGGACAAGAUUGAAGCUCAAGUCAAGAAAGAGGAGAAAGAUGAAAAGCUUGAUGGCGAUGCUGCAUUGAACAAAUUUUUCCGGGAAAUAUAUCAAGAUGCAGAUGAGGAUACAAGAAGAGCAAUGAAAAAGUCAUUUGUGGAGUCUAAUGGAACAGUGCUGUCUACAAACUGGAAAGAAGUGGGAUCAAGGAAGGUAGAGGGAAGUCCUCCUGAUGGCAUGGAGUUGAAGAAAUGGGAAUAUUAA